CGCCGCCGCCCCCGGCAGUCGCAGUCGGAAGUUGCGGGAGCUAAAACCUGUCGCCCGCCAGCCGGCCGGCCCUCGGGACCGACCCUCCAGCCUUCUUCGCCCUUUCGGGCCGCUCCCUGCCCUCCUUCUCUCUCUCUCUGCAGCGGCCUGACGGACAGAGGCCCUGGGCCGCCACGGCCCCCAUGGAGCCGGCCCCCUGAGGCGGAAGGCUGAUCGGCGGCGGUGGCCCUCCCCUCCCCGCCCCAGCCCAGCGAUGCGGGCCUGGCCCCUCGGCGCAGGUACCUUUUGGAUAGUACUUUAGCGGCACAAUGUACUCUGAGUGGCGGUCACUUCAUUUGGUUAUUCAGAAUGAUCAGGGUCAUACUAGUGUCCUUCACAGCUACCCUGAGAGUGUUGGACGAGAUGUUGCAAAUGCAGUAGUACGUCCUCUCGGACAAGCCUUAAAUGCCUCUUCGGGGGCUGGAAGUGAAAGUUUGUUAAAAACAGACAAAGAAGUAAAAUGGACCAUGGAAGUGAUUUGCUAUGGACUGACCCUUCCAUUGGAUGGAGAUACUGUAAAAUACUGUGUGGAUGUGUAUACAGAUUGGAUUAUGGCUCUAGUAUUACCAAAAGACUCCAUUCCAUUGCCAGUCAUCAAAGAACCCAACCUAUAUGUUCAAACUAUUUUAAAACACCUGCAAAAUCUUUUUGUACCAAGGCAGGAACAGGGGUCCAGUCAGAUUAGACUAUGCUUACAGGUUUUGAGAGCCAUCCAGAAACUAGCCCGUGAGUCAACCAUCAUGGCACGAGAAACAUGGGAAGUUUUAUUAUUAUUUCUCCUGCAGAUUAAUGACAUUCUUCUGGCAAUGCCAACUGUUCAAGGUGGCAUCGCUGAAAAUCUAGCAGAGAAGUUGAUUGGUGUUCUCUUUGAGGUCUGGUUGCUAGCUUGUACCCGUUGUUUCCCAACCCCACCCUACUGGAAAACUGCCAAGGAGAUGGUGGCCAACUGGAGGCAUCACCCAGCUGUGGUGGAGCAGUGGAGCAAAGCUAUUUGUGCACUCACUUCUAGGUUACUACGUUUUACGUAUGGUCCUUCAUUUCCUCCAUUUAAAGUUCCUGAUGAAGAUGCCAGUCUUAUCCCUCCUGAAAUGGAUAAUGACUGCAUUGCACAGACAUGGUUUCGCUUUUUACAUAUGUUAAGUAAUCCCGUGGAUUUGAGUAAUCCAGCCAUUAUAAGCUCUACUCCCAAAUUUCAGGAACAGUUCCUGAAUGUGAGUGGAAUGACACAAGAAUUGAAUCAAUAUCCCUGCCUUAAACAUCUGCCUCAUAUAUUUUUUCGUGCUAUGCGUGGAAUCAGCUGCUUGGUGGAUGCAUUCCUAGGUAUUUCUCGACCUAGAAGUGACAGUGCUCCACCAACACCAGUGAACAGGUUAAACAUGCCCCAGAGCACUACCAGCAGCACAACUCCCCCUCAUAAUCGAAGGCAUCGAACGGUUACUGUGAAUAAGGCAACCGUGAAGGCUAGCACAGCUAACAUUGGUCAUGCCUCUAAAGUCUCGCACCAGACGUCUUCCACUUCUCCACUCUCUAGUCCCAACCAGACUAGCUCAGAACCUCGACCGCUGCCUGCCCCGAGAAGGCCAAAAGUGAAUAGCAUCUUGAAUCUCUUUGGAUCAUGGUUAUUUGAUGCAUCAUUUGUUCAUUGUAAACUUCACAGUGGGCUAAAUAGAGACAGCAGCAUGACUGCAUCUUUUAUCCAAAUUCUUCUUUCUUAUAAAUCUUCUUUAACGACACAAGCUAGUGUGGAGUUUCGCCGGAAAGGGUCACAAAUGUCCACAGACACCAUGGCUUCCAAUCUCAUGUUUGAUGCAAGUGAAUUUCCUGAUAACUAUGAAGCAGGAAGAGCUGAGGCUUGUGGGACACUAUGUAGGAUUUUUUGUAGCAAGAAGACUGGAGAAGAGAUUCUGCCAGCUUAUUUAUCCAGAUUUUACAUGCUUUUAAUUCAAGGUUUGCAGAUAACUGAUUAUGUAUGCCACCCUGUCUUGGCCAGCAUUAUUCUAAACUCACCUCAUUUAUUCUGCUGUGAUCUGAAAGGGAUUGAUGUUGUGGUUCCUUACUUUAUUUCAGCUCUUGAAACCAUAUUGCCUGAUAGGGAACUCUCAAAAUUCAAAACCUACGUAAACCCAACCGAGUUAAGAAGAGCCUCUAUUAAUAUUCUACUUUCCUUGUUACCACUCCCUCAUCAUUUUGGCAAUGUCAAAUCUGAGGUGGUUCUGGAAGGAAAGUUUAGUAAUGACGACAGCUCUUCAUAUGAUAAACCAAUAACUUUUCUGUCACUGAAAUUGAGGCUUGUGAAUAUACUAAUAGGUGCCUUGCAAACUGAAACGGACCCCAACAACACUCAGAUGAUAUUAGGUGCAAUGUUAAAUAUUGUUCAAGAUUCAGCACUUUUAGAAGCCAUUGGCUGUCAGAUGGAAAUGAAUGGUGAAGAAAACCUGAAAAGUCAUAGUCGUACUAACAGUGGCAUUAGUUCAGCAAGUGGAGGAAGCACAGAACCUACAACCCCAGACAGUGAAAGACCUGCCCAGGCUCUUCUAAGAGAUUAUGCUCUUAAUACAGAUACAGCUGCCGGCCUCCUGAUUCGCAGCAUUCACCUUGUAACCCAAAGACUCAAUUCUCAGUGGCGUCAGGACAUGAGUAUAUCAUUGGCUGCGUUAGAGCUUCUUUCUGGACUGGCAAAGGUGAAGGUGACAGUCGACUCAGCAGACCAAAAGAGAGCCAUCAGUUCAGUGUGUGGCUACAUUGUGUACCAGUGUAGUCGGCCAGCCCCGCUCCACUCCAGAGAUCUCCACUCCAUGAUUGUUGCAGCUUUUCAGUGUCUUUGUGUUUGGCUGACAGAACAUCCUGACAUGCUUGAUGAAAAGGAUUGCUUAAAAGAGGUACUAGAGAUUGUGGAAUUGGGUAUCUCAGGAAGCAAGUCCAGGAGUAGUGAACAAGAGAUCAAAUACAAAGGAGAUAAGGAGCCAAAUCCUGCAUCUAUGAGGGUAAAGGAUGCAGCUGAAGCUACCCUUACAUGCAUCAUGCAGUUACUUGGUGCAUUCCCUUCACCCAGUGGUCCUGCAUCUUCUUGUAGCCUGGUGAAUGAAACUACUUUGAUAAAAUGUUCCAGGCUGCCUACUGUAAACAGACACAGUUUUCGAUACUUUGUCCUGGAUAAUAGUGUCAUCCUUGCAAUGCUGGAGCAACCCCUAGGGAAUGAACAGAAUGAUUUUUUUCCAUCUGUCACUGUUUUGGUCCGUGGAAUGUCUGGAAGACUUGCUUGGGCCCAGCAGCUUUCCCUUUUACCAAGAGGGGCAAAAGCAAAUCAGAAGCUUUUUGUGCCAGAACCUCGUCCACUUCCUAAAAAUGACGUUGGAAUUAAAUAUACAGUGAAGCAUCGACCAUUUCCUGAAGAGGUGGACAAAAUUCCUUUUGUAAAAGCAGAUCUGAGCAUUCCUGACUUGCACGAAAUCGUAAAUGAGGAAUUAGAAGAGAGACAUGAAAAAUUGAGGAAUGGCAUGGCCCAGCAGAUCACUUAUGAGAUAUCCAUUGAGCAGCAAAGUGAAGAGGAGUGGCGGAAGAAAAGUUUCCCUGACCCAGUUACUGACUGUAAACCCCCACCUCCUGCCCAGGAAUUCCAAACAGCACGCCUUUUUCUUUCACACUUUGGGUUUUUGUCAUUAGAGGCAUUAAAGGAACCUACAAAUAGUCGUCUACCUCCUCACCUUAUUGCACUUGACUCAACCAUUUCUGGAUUUUUUGAUGACAUUGGCUAUUUGGAUCUCUUACCAUGUCGACCCUUUGAUACGGUUUUUAUUUUCUACAUGAAAGCAUACCAGAAAACAAGUCAAGAGAUUCUGAAGAAUGCUGAGUCUUCCAAAAAUGUUCAGCCUCAUUUCUUAGAAUUUUUGUUGUCUCUUGGCUGGUCGGUGGAUAUAGGGAAGCACCCUGGUUGGACUGGACAUGUUUCAACAAGUUGGUCUAUUAACACUCACGGUGAUACUGAUGUACCUGAACAAGAGGAAAUAGUUCCAUGUGAAGAUAUCGGAGCAAGUAUUUUCAAUGGACAGAAAAAGGUGUUGUAUUAUGCUGAUGCCCUUACAGAAAUGGCUUUUGUUGUUCCCUCACCUGUGGAAUCUUUAACUGAUUCAGUAGAAAGCAACGUCUCAGACCAAGAAAGUGAUUCAAAUAUGGAUCUUCUGCCUGGAAUACUAAAACAACCAUCACUUACCCUUGAACUUUUCCCUAAUCAUACAGACAAUCUUAAUUCCUCUCAGAAGUUAAGUCCUACUUCCCGUCUAAAGAAGUUGCCUCAGGGCCGAACUGUUCCACCAAUGGGACCAGAGACUAAGGUGUCUGUUGUCUGGGUUGAACGUUAUGAUGACAUAGAAAACUUUCCCCUUUCUGAUCUGAUGUCAGAGAUCAGCACUGGUGUAGAAACAACUCUGAACAGCAGCACUUCUCUGAGAUCAUCAGCCACCCUUGAAAAAGAAGUUCCUGUCAUUUUCAUCCACCCUCUAAAAACUGGAUUAUUCAGAAUAAAAAUUCAAGGAGCUACUGGAAAGUUUAACAUGGUCAUCCCACUGGUGGAUGGGAUGAUUGUCAGCAGGAGAGCACUUGGUUUCUUAGUAAGGCAGACUGUAAUAAAUAUUUGUAGAAGAAAGAGGCUAGAGAGUGACUCCUACAAUCCUCCACACGUGCGACGAAAACAGAAGAUUGCAGAUAUUGUCAAUAAAUACAGAAAUAAGCAGCUAGAGCCAGAAUUUUAUACUUCACUUUUCCAGGAGGUUGGGCUCAAGAACUGCGAUUCUUAAACCAAGGUCCUCCAAAGAUAGCUAUUAGAUCAGAGAUUGGUGGCUACCAGAGGGAACAAUGGAAAUAUGUUACUAGUAUUGACUUGGAGAAGAAAAGUACCACCACCACCAAAAAAAAAAAAGCUUAUCUUUCAAUCACCGAAACAGAAGAGACACUAUUCUAAAUAUAACUUAAGAAGAUUUUCUGCUUUCUGGUGAGAGGAGGUCUCCCAAACACAAUCAUAAACCCCUCAAUAGAGUGGUAUAAAUUUUAUCCAAUACAACUUUCUUUUUUAAAAUGACAGUUUUACUUAAAUAGUACAUUUCGAGAGAAACUGUAAACAGCUCUGAUAAAUGUGUUCAUCAAGAAAAGAGGAAUAGCACAUGAAGUGGUUUCUAAACUGGCAGUCGGAGAUAGUCUUACACCGCUCAUUUUUCCAGGAGGUUCAGUACCAAAUUGGUUCCUCUCCUAAAAUCUCAAAUGACUGAUUCCCCAAAUCUGGAGUUGCUUGUGCUGGGGAGAAAAGUGAGAAGAAUUCUAGCCUUUUAUUCUACCAUCAGCUUUACAAAAAGAAGAACCCAUAAAUAUCUCUUGUGCAGAUAUUUUUAAAGGUCUGACAUUCAAAUAUUCAUCUUCAAAUAUUCAUCUUCAUGUAUAAAAAAUAACAAAUAUGUCAAUGUCACCAUCAUUCUACUCAUUUAUACAGACCAUCUGUCUAAAAACAACCACUAUUUACCACAGAAAGGAGCCUGUCAGGAUCACAUCCAGGGUGGAAGUUCUGCUUUCUUCAUUUCCUGGCAGUGUAGAAAAACAAGUGAAAAUUCAUCAUUCAACUUGUGUCCAGUUCAGCGUAGUAGAAAGAAAAGUGUUUGUAAAACACUGGGAAAGAAGAGUUGAAAUGUUACAAGAUUACUUGUUGGUUUCAAUAAAUUUCAGCUCACAACUACUGUUGAAAAUUGUUUGGAUUUAUGUAUGAUCUGUUUUUAAUGUCAGGACCCAACAGAAAAAUGUAUAUUAUGAAUGCGUAAUUAUGAAUUUUGAAAGUAUAAACUAAACUUCACUGAGUCAGUUUGUAUUGCAAAAAGUAAUUGCCUGUUAUCCAGGAAUGUCCUCAGCAUUAAUAACUACAUUAUUGGGUUCCUACAGAAAUUGUUUCUGUUUGUCAUUUGUUUUGUGUUCUAGCCUUUGCUAAUCUGAAGACAUGCUACACAUUAAAAUCCCUAUUGUGAUUGUAGACAUCCCCCCCAUCCACCUGACUUUUACUGUUCUUCCUAUGAUGAAGGAUUUUAGGUGGAUUCACAGUAUCCUUAUAGCAAUUCCUAGAGCAGGGUAAGACAAUAUUCUUCCUCUUUUCUUCCCUUUAUUAUUUAUUGGUGAUUAUUUUAUCUUCAGGUAUUUAAAUAACCAAUUCAAAUUCAGAGGAGAUUGAUCACACUACUUUCCGUUGAAUUUGUUCACUUUUACACAAAGCAUAGUUGGUAGAUACAGUGUUCUGUUUGGUUUUCUGUCUAGUUUAGUUUUUAACCACCCACCUUCCCCUGCUCAGGUCCACUUCAUAUUAUUCAGUAAGGUAUGCAGUUUGCCAUCUGUAGGCAGAAAUGUGAAUCUGACGGCUUUUGUUUCCAAGUUUGCUCUGCAGUGUUUUGUUUUUUAAACUCUUCCUUAGUAUCCAGGUCAUUUCUUUUUACUAACCCAGCUUUCCCCCACUAGUAUAAUACAAUUCUAAUGACUGUUUCCUUUCCAGCCAAGCUAGAAUUAGACAUUUCCAAAUUGCUCAUGUAGCAAGGGAAGCAUAAUAAGUUUGUUCUACCAUAAAAAUUAAUUGGCUGUUUGUGGGAAAUCUCGACGGGACAACAGGGGUUUGCACAUUGCAAGGAAAAACUGGUCUUAUCUUUCAGUUUAAUAAGUCAAGAAGACUACAGUACUGACUUAGAACUUUUGAAAUCCUAAAAUUUAAAGGUAAUUGACUAAUGUCAUGCUUAUGCAAUAUUCUUCAAAUAAAACUUAAUUUUUGCAAUAGUGUUGAUGUCAGGAAAGUCUGUAUUCAUGAAAAAGAAAAUGUUCCUGACUCCACUUCUUUUUACUAGCAUUUCUACAUAAUUUCCCUCUCAAAUAAAUGAAUAAGCCAUGGAGAAUGUCAUGUUUGUGGAAAAGGAGUAUUGUAUGCAUGCUGUUAGUGGAAAGAAAACAGUGGGGCUCAGUAACCUCUCUGAAAAUCUAAAAACCCAAAAUCUGCAUCAUAAGCAAAAACAGACAUGAGUUCUGCCUUAGUGCCUGGAGGUCAGGUAAAAGUAACUGCUGUGGCCGUAGGGGAACUUUCUGAUCAAAAUCUCUGGAUUUCAGCACAGUGUUGGUGGGAGUGCAUGAUCACUACACUCACCCACUGUCUUUACUAUACACAAAUCACUCUGGUUAAUAUUAGGCCUGUGGGAAGCAUAUUUAGUUCACUGAUUAAAUGGCCAAUGCAUGUGCUCAGUUGUCACAUAGAAGUCUUUACUAUUCCAUAUAAUUGAAUUUUUCUGCAUAUGCUCAAUAACCACUUUUGGACCUCAAAAGCUACUUUAGUUUACUUCAUCUAUAAUAUAUUUGUCUUAAAAAUAUAUUUAGUCACCAUACGUGACUUUACUACAGGUAGCUAAUGGACUGUUUGACCUCCCCUGGAGGAUGAGUGCGUUACAUGAACAUAGGGUAGAGUUACAGAAUUUCAGUUCUAAGGACAACCUCUGUAGCACAUGUUCAUGUACAUACACACACACACACGCUUUUCUGAAGGUAAAUUACUGUUAAGAUGUCUUUUGGAAUAAACUUCCAGGUUUAUUGCAGCAGUUUAUUCAGCAGCUCUGAAGAUGAGUGGGGAUGACCGGUCAGUUUUCCUGUGCUUUUAACACCUUUCUUGGCUACUUAUCCUCUUGGUCUAUUUUAUUUGUUCUUUCCUCUCUUUACCAUUCCUACAGUAGACAAUAUAAUUUUGUGACAUUUUUCUUUCUCUUCUCCUUUUAGCAUUUUCUAUUCUGAGGAGUUGUGUCCAUCCUUCUCCUCUACCAAUACCCUUUCAAGAAAUGCAAAGUAGUUAAUAAUGGUAAAUAAUAUGUGUUGGCUACAGAUUGGCCAGGAUACGAGGCCUUCACAAACUGUUACCUCUUUUGCAUUUGUUGGGAAGUACUUGUUUUUCAAGUACCCAAAUGCAUCAGUAUAACUUAAUAUUAUUGGAAGGUUAAAUUUUACUCAGAAUGGUGAGUACAACUGACCUGGAUGGCAGAUUAUAUAAUUUUGUGAUAUCAGAGAAUUCGACAUUACUUACCUAUCUGGCAAUUAAAUUUUUCUAUUUAAAAACAAUUUCAAGUCCCAUUUAAGCACUGGAUUAUAUCUUCCUAAAAGUAUUGUUUUGUGCAUUUAAACCAUCUUAAAUGCUUUCUGUAUUUAGAGAGCUGCUGCAAAGACAAAUCUUAGGAAAUACCACUCAUAGAACAUUGAAUCAAACAGUUUCUCAGCAGAUGGGUACAUCUGCUUCACAUAUAAUAGUCACUCUCUCAACUUGUGUCCCUGAACUAAUUUUCUUUAUUAAAUGGUAAGAAAAAAGGGUGUCAUUUGAAAUUUCACAUUUCAAGACUUUCUCUAGAAGUGAAUAGAGGGUGUCUUUCUCAGGCUUUGUAGUUGUGGCUGGCAGUGAGCAGUAGCCAAUAUUUGCUUGAAAUCACAAUACAAUUUGUAUGAACUUCUGUAUGUUGCCAAGACAUGAUCUUUUUUUUUGUUAUUGUAUUUUCUGUAAAUAUUUCUGGCACUAAGUUGUAAAGUAAAGACAACAUGUAAAUAUGAAGAUGUGAACUCUGUUCCCUCCUCUCAAGUAUUUUAUCUCUUUGUUAGAGAAGGCACAGAAGCUUGUUUGUAUUUAUGCCGAUUCUUUGUCCAGAAGAAACACAUGGAAACUGAAUGUAACACAUUUAGUCAAUUAAAUUUUAAGGAGAUUCUUAUCUAA